UUUCGUCAGUGCUGUCACAUCGCCGAAGCCUAGAUUCACACCUUGGCCAGCCAUCGGGUGAACUCGAUGUGCAGCAUCACUUGAACAUGAAAACCAACCGUCAAAUGAAGAGCAAUUGCGGUCGGGGAAUUUCUUCUUUUUUGCCUCUGCCAGUGAAACUUAUCGGAGUCACGAAAGAGUAAAGGAAGCACAGAGAGAAAGAGAGAGAGAAAGCCGACGAGAGCAAUGGGAGCUAAAUAUAUGCCGACGCUAUUUUAUAAACACCAGAGAACACAUGUGGGUAUCACGGGAUACACAGAGCCAGAAUAGUCGGCUAAGCUAGUGUAUGGCGAGCGAGUGCGGACGAUGCGCGCGUGCCAAGAAGUGUCAUUAAUUUCCUGGACGCCGAGAGUCUUUCAUCAAACCGAUCUAACGACAUGCCCGCUGUGUAAAUCACUAUCUCAUACUGUCUCAGCGAUUAACUAAGAAAACUAUAACGAACUAGUCUAACGAAAGAAAUCCAACGUUGCGCGUGUGUGAAUUAAUUGUCGCAAUACGUAACGGCAACAAAGUGGUGUUAAAUGGUACCAAAUGACUGAUUCAGUGAAAAAUGUAUGUAAUCAAUUAAUUAAACUCGGAACAUUUCUUUGGAAAUAGCGAUCGACUAUGUCAAUUCUCAGCAAAAAGAACUUCUUCGCAAGACUGUCGGGCAGUCGCCUGACACGAGAGGCGCCGAUGAUGGAGGCUGCCAAUAGAACACCGUCCAUAGUGAUCAAUAGCGAGGAAGGUCAUGAGGAUAUCUGGAUGGACGAGGUGGACCACGGUAGUAUCUCCUCCGAAGAAAGCUCGGAGUCCGUCACGUGUCACAUACGAUCGGCGCCGAUGACGCAGGAGCAACCUUGGAGCAAAGAAGAAGUUGAAGUGGCGUUAUCGAAUCUUCCCGCAGGGGAGGCCGCUCUCUCUCUGAUUCCUACUCUUCAAGCUGACGCUCUGCAACGAGCUCUAGAGGAAUUCCAAUCUUUGACUCUCAAUGAAGCCGACUGCAGACAUCGCAAAAUCUCGUUGCCUACGUUCGCGAACGGAUUGAUGCGAAAGGCUCUGUUGGCUAGCGAGAACGGAGCAGCAGCUUCCGCGACUCCUGGCCAAUUACUUGCCGGAUGGCCCGACACGUGUCUGCUAAUCUCAAGCUGGCUGGGUCACGUGGAAAUCGCGAAGACUUUGUUGGACAAAGGUGCUUCGGUUGCCACGAGCGACAGCGACGGAAGGACACCGUUACAUCUGGCGGCUUGCGCCGCGUCCGUGAAGAUCGUGGAAGAACUGCUGAAGCAUGGCGCGGAUCCAGACGAAUGGGAUUUCGGCAAAAAGUGCACUUCCUUGCAUUGUGCUGCCGCAGCGGGUUGCGUCGCCACCGUCAAAUGCCUGAUCAAGUCUGGGGCGGACCUGGAUGCCGGAUUGUCCGGCAGAAGUCCGCUUCACUACGCGGUACUAAACAACGCCGGGGAUUGCGUCGAGGCUCUAUUGCAAGCAGGUGCUUGUCCCAAUAAUCCACAGGUUUAUACAGAGACACCGUUGCACGUAGCGGCUAGCCUGGGCAACGUUCGCUGCACUAAGUUACUACUGUGUCACGGAGCAGAUGUAAGGGUGCAACUAGGAGCAGCGAGGUCGACACCCUUGCACUUGGCGGCUGAAGAAGGCAGCGCGGAAUGCACCAAAUUGCUGUUGAAUGCCGGCGCAGCCUGGGAAGCGAAGAACUCACGAGGACAAAUGGCGAUGCAUCUGGCAGCGCUCGCGCUAUCCGUGGAGACGUUGGACGUGCUGAUAAGCGUCGGCGCGAAUGUGAACGCAGAAGACGACGACGGACGCACACCUCUGCACGCUGCGGUCGCGAAAGCCUUGAGAGGCUGCGAACUAGUCAAGACUUUGAUACAGGCAGGUGCCUCGGUCAACAAGGCGGACAAAUUCGGCUACACACCGUUGCACAUCUCGGCCUUGAACGAGAGCUCGUCUAUUGUGGUGAUGUUGUUGUUCAAGGGUGCCGACGUCACGGCGCGAACGAAAGGAGGCGUCACCGCGUUGAGUUUUAUCAUACGACGUACACCGGACGUGUUACCGCGCUUCGUGGCACGAUUAGAUCAGGCAAUCUCGCUACACGACCAUGAGUUGGGAGACGUAGAUUGCGAAUUGAGACUGGAUUUCAGACCGUUAGUGCCAGGAGGUCGAGGAGAGACAGACUUGAUGCUCUGUCUAGUGGAAGUCGGCCAAGGCCAUAUGCUGAAGCAUCCGUUGUGCGAGAGCUUCCUUUAUCUCAAGUGGCUGCGCAUUCGCAAGUUUUUCCUGCUCAGUCUGAUUUUCCACUCGAUCUUUGUCGCUCUUUUCACCAGUUACAUCGGCGUUACAUAUUUAUGGGAUAUCAUGCGCUUCAACGGCAUCCUCUUUUGGCCAGUACUAGGCUUCACUUGCAUGCUGACCUGCAAGGAACUCUUCCAGGUCGCUCACGGCAUCUGUUCUUACACCAGACGUUGGGAGAACUGGUUGCAGUGGAGCGUGAUCUUGGUAUCGUGCGCCGUUCUCAUACGGCCGGUGCGUCCUUGGCAGAAUCAUGCCGCCGCGCUAGGAAUUUUGCUAGUCUGGAUCGAGUUGAUGAUGGUGGUUGGCCGCUUUCCCAUGUUCGGCAUCUACAUACAAAUGUUCACCCAAGUGUCCAUUAACUUUUUCAAAUUCCUCACGGCUUAUCUCUGCCUCAUAGUUGGUUUUUCUUUGGGCUUCAGCGUGCUGCACAAGAAUUACAAGUCAUUUGCCGACCCACUGGUUAGUCUACUGAAAACUGUAAUUAUGAUGUCAGGCGAGUUGGAGUUUGAGGAUGUUUUCUUCGACAAAGACUCGCCGCUGAUGUACUCAGGUACGGCACACUUGAUGCUGCUCAGUUUCGUUAUAUUGGUGACAGUGAUCCUGACGAAUCUUAUGGUCGGUUUAGCCGUAUCGGACAUACAAGAAUUGCGUAGGUGCGCUGGUCUCGAUCGGUUAGUGCGCAGAGCCGAGCUGGUAGCUCAUCUGGAGAAUAUGUUGUUCUCUAAACUAUUAGAUCGUGCGCCCACGAGGAUAAUAAAGAUAUGCAGAAAAGGAGCGUUGCUGUUACACCCGCCUUAUCAUUGCGCUCUUCAUAUUCGACCGAAUGACCCGCGGGAGAAACGUCUCCCGCGAGAACUCAUCAAGGCAAUAUAUCGCCUGGUCAGUGAGAGGAGAACGAGACACGCGCCGCUGCAAAAUACGCGCGUGGAUUCGAGCCACGCGAGGCUCAGCAGAAUGUACAGCAACGACAGCAAUCAGCAGAAGCUGAACGAGCUGGUAACCGAACUGAAGAGAUGUUCCUAUAACAUUAGCAUGAAGCUAGAUAGUCUGACCAACAAGGUGGAAAAUAUUGCCAGGGAUGUAGAUACGACGGUGCACUUACGCUGAUGCCUAUGUGCUCGAGUUGUUUGUAAAGUGGAAAAAAGACGAAAUAGCAGGACCUUAUUUAUAAUGAACAUAUAACAAAUUUUAAAAACCUAACACUGACCUAUUAGGAAAACUGACUAGAAUCUGGUAUUAUUGAAUCUUUAAUAUUUACACAGUACUUACCAGUA